GCUCGGCUCGGCUCGGCGGAGCCCGGCCAGCUAUGGCCGCCUCCGUCUUUUGCUGCCUCCGCUGGUGCCGGGAUGGCGGUGCCGGUCACAUCCCGCUGAAGGAGAUGCCGGCCGUGCAGCUGGACACGCAGCGUAUGGGAACAGAUGUCGUCAUUGUUAAAAAUGGCAGAAGGAUAUGUGGCACUGGAGGCUGCCUCGCCAAUGCACCCCUCCAUCAGAACAAGAGCUAUUUUGAGUUUAAAAUCCAGUCCACAGGCAUUUGGGGUAUCGGAGUUGCAACCCAGAAAGCAAACUUGAAUCAAAUUCCACUUGGCCGAGAUGUCCAUAGCCUGGUGAUGAGGAAUGAUGGAGCUCUGUACUACAACAACGAGGAGAAAAACAGACUACCAGCCAACAGCUUGCCACAGGAGGGCGAUGUGGUGGGCAUCACAUAUGACCACGUAGAAUUAAAUGUCUAUUUAAAUGGGAAGAACAUGCACUGUCCAGCUUCAGGUAUCCGAGGGACUGUCUAUCCAGUUGUCUAUGUUGAUGACAGUGCCAUUCUGGAUUGUCAGUUCAGUGAAUUUUAUCAUACUCCUCCACCAGGGUUUGAAAAGAUCCUCUUCGAGCAGCAAAUCUUCUGAAUGUCAACGUGGUGAACAUUUGCACCCUGCACUGUUUUAAAAACAAACAAACAAAAAGCUUUUUCACCUUAAAUAAAGCUUCACAUAUUACCUUUAGGAAACAUAUCUGUAUUUUUAGUAAGUACUUGUGACCAUUGUCUGCAGAAUUAAGGUGUUAACUGCAACAUCAGAUAAUUGUGUUGCAAAGACUAGAUUUCUGGCGAUGUUUUGUUGUUGCAAACCAGUGUUUUGGACCAGGUUUUUUUUCUGAUUGAUACUUGAUGCAUAAGGAGACUAAGGGAUAUAACUGACACCAGUGUUCAGUAUUCUGGAUGAACUGGAGCUCUGUAAAGCCUGUAGUCCUUAUGCAUAUGAUAGCUCUGGAAAUGGAUAGUUCUCAUGAUUUUUUCCCAACUUUUUCCAUACAGAAGUUACGUACCUUGUUAAAAGGAAGUACUGUGUUUCUAGUCUGUACUUUGGAAUUGUAGUGUCCUGGUUGUGCACAAUGACUAAUACACGAUGGCAUAACUAGCAGCUAGGUAUUUUUUCCUUUGCAAGGUGUAAUUUAAUCCAUUCCCUCAAUCUUAAAAUGGCAAAUCUGUAUUUCUCCUAGCUUUUCAAUUGCUUUCGACUUUGACAGGUAAUAGGAUACUUUGAGUAAUACUUCAAAUACUGCUCUGUUGAACCUUAACAAAGUAAACCUGAACACCACCUGUAUUAUUACUUUUUUUUUUUGAAGACCGCAGCGCAAUGUUAUCUGAUAGCAAAGUAAGAACCGAUUGCUCAGCUUGGGUGUGUGAAGGAUAUAAGAUGUUCUGGUGAAGCCUUACUUGUACACAUUAUUCUUUUAUGGAAUAUCUUAUUUAAUUUCUUGUGAAUCAUUUAUAAAUGACGAGUGGCGAAGACAUUGUUUUAAAAUGUGAUGCCCGUAAAUAUAAAUUGAGAUGCUUCCCUCCCACCCCCCCCUCAUUAUUAUGUAUUUAAUAUACUUCCUAGAAGAACUGUAAAGAAAAUCUUCA